AUGACUUAAUAGUUACUCUGAAGCUGGUUAUUUAGUAUAAUUUAUGUGAUUCUGCUUCUCAGCUCAAACAUUUGCAAAAUAUAAAUAUACAAUAAAUCAAAUAGUGUUAAAGAUAAUUCAUAUAAAUGAAAUGCCAUAUAUUUAAUAUAAAAACACUGUUGCACACAUGUUGUAGUGAUCACAUAUAAUAAUCUGUAAUAUUUACUUAUAAACACAAUUGUAUUAUAUUUACUUAUCAAAUCGAUAAUUAAUUUUAAUGAUGGAGAAGUUUAGUUUUUAGUUUUCUCUGUUUUACAUGAAUACAAAUUCAACAUUUAAUUCAUUUAAGAAUGAAAAAGUUACACACACACAGACACUCGACAGAUGUAUUUUUAGACUAAGUUGUGCUGUUGAAUAAUUAAUGAGAUGCUCACUGAGAUUUCCUUCUCAUCCUUUUCCUUCUCAUUUUCUCCUCAUUAUUUCCUCCUCCUUCUCCUUAUCACUGGAGUUUCUAUCUGUGUGUACAGCGACACUUGAAAGCAGCACAUUGUCAAGGGGGCGGGGCUUAAAGGGACAAACCGACCAAUCAGCAGUUAGUUCACAACAUUCAAACAUUCAAUCCAGGAAGUAAUUUUUUUUUUCUCUCGCAGCGUCUGACAGGAUUCAUGAGAAUGGCAGAGCAGGACAGAAGAUUCAUCCCUGACUGAGAGGAGGAGGAGGAGGAAGGGGAGCAGGACAGGAGCAGGACAGGAGCAGGAGAGAAGGAGGAGGAGAAAGGAGGAGAGAAGGAGGAGGAGGAGGAGAGGAGGAGCAGGAUGGAGCGAGUCCACAGCCUCCUGCUAAACGAGGAGGCGUGCAGCCAGCUGGGCGAGCAGCAGCGGGCGGUGUUCAUCUUCGAGUGGCUGAAGCACCUGAAGAAGCUCCUCCCUGCUGCUGAGCGGGACGACGUCAGACGGAACCAGCGGCGUCUGGUGGAGCAGCUGUCCGGCGUUCUGAUUGGCUCCCCCGGCCCGCCGACCCGCUGGCUGCUGGCCCGCUGCCUGGCCCUGCUCUACAGCCUGGGAGACCCCGUUACGGCCGCCCUGCUGGUGGACCGCUGCAAUGACAUCAUCCGCAGCAGAGACGACUCCCUGUCGGGACUCCCAACCCGCCUCGCGGCCAUCGCCUGCCUCGGCGCCAUGUUCCAGCAGCUCGGCUGGAGGCUGGUGGGCUCCUUCAAGGACUCCGUGGGCAACCUGCUGAAGGCCAUAAAGAGCGCAGAGUCUCAGGGCCGCUAUGAGAUCAUGAUGUGUUUGGAGAAGAUUCUGAGUGGUUUGGGCGCCAGCGCCGCGCCGUGUCACCGGGACGUCUACAAGGCGGUGAGGACCUGUAUGGUGGACCGGUCCAUGGCCGUACGCUGCGUCGCCGCCGAGUGCCUGCUGGAGCUCCAGAGGGAGGCUGUGUUCCUGUGGACCAGCGAGCUGGAGGGCGUGGCCUCUCUGUGCUUCAGGGCCUUGGACGGCUCCUCCUCCGGCGUCCGGCUGGCCGUGGCCCGGCUGCUGGGCACCCUGCUGGCGGCCGCCGUGGAGCCCCGGCAAUACGCCGCAUCGCCGAGGCAGAGCAGCAGGGGGCGGAGCCUCCUGGAGGAGGCCAUGGACUUGUUGUCGGGGGGGUUCUUGCGGGGGGGGGCGGGUUUUCUCCGAGCCAGCGGAGACCUCCUGAAAGGGACCAGCUCCGUCAGCAAGGAGGUCCGGAUAGGAGUCAGCCAGGCCUGCGUGGUCUUCGUCUCCCUGCUGGGCGCCUCCUGGUUGGAGGGUAACUUCCCGUCCUUCCUGUCUCUGCUGAUGGAUCUGGCGUCUCACGGCCGAGCUACGCAGACGGCGGGCGACGCCGCGGUGACCCAGCGCUGCGUCUCCUUCGUGCUGAGGAGCACUCUGGGGUGCCUGCUGGGGGAGAAGGCUCAGGCCGACGCCGCCAAGCACAUCUGCAUCGCCGUGGCAACGCAGCAACGAGCCAUCGACUCCUCUCUGGCUGAAGGCAUAGAGUCUAAAUCUCUCGACGUGUCAGCCGGUCAACAUGUUCUGGUUUGUUGUCUCAUGGAGCUCGGAGCUCUAAUCCAGGGACUGGGGAGCACGGCCACCCCGCUGGUGACUGACAGCAGCACAGGCCUCCUGGACACCGUCAUCUCCGUCCUCCUCCACCCGGCCUCCUCCGCCUCUCUGGCAGCCGCCUGGUGUCUGCACUGCGUUGCUGUGGCGAUGCCUUCCCAGGGUUCCCUGCUGCUGGACCGCUGCACCGAGCGGCUGGUGGCGCUGAAGAACUCCCCAGAGGCCGUGGCCGGGUACGGGGCCGCCGUCGCCGCCCUGGUGGCCGCGGUGCAGCACUGCCCUCUGGGAAUACCGCAUAGCAAAGGCAUGCUGGUCCUGGCCCUGGCUGAGGAUCUCCUCCGCUCCGCCUCCCAGAACAGUCGUAUCUCCCUCCAGAGGACUCAGGCCGGCUGGCUGCUCGUCUCCUCUCUCCUCACUCUGGGCCCCGCGGUGGUGGAGCACCACCUUCCCCGUCUCCUCCUCCUGUGGCGCUGUGUGUUUCCUGCUUCACUCAGAGAGCAGGAGAUGGAGCUGCGCCGAGGGGACUACUUCACGUGGCAGGUUACGCUGGAGGGACGCGCCGGGGCGCUCUGCGCCAUGAAGAACCUGCUGCUGCACUGCAGGGAGCUGGUCACCGAUGACAUCAUCGGCCGCCUGCUCACGCCACUGGCCUGCGCCGUGGCCCUGCUCACCAAGCUGCCGGCUCUCAUCAGGUCCUACAGUGGUUCAGUCCUCAGGUGGUCUCUGGUCUACAGACUGAGGGUCUACGAGCUGCUCGCUCUGCUGCCUCCUCACACCUACCAAGAGAGCUUUGGUUUGGUGAUGAACCAGCUGGUCUGGGAUCUGUCCGGUCAGGACCACCUGACCCCUCCGUGUCCAGAGCUCCUCCUGCUGCCUCCUCUGUGCCACCAGGAGGACCUGCAGCUGGUCGGCCCCGCCCUCCAGUCCAGCGGCCACAUGGAGGAGCAGCUGCACGCCAGCAUUGUGGGAGGAGCCUCGCUGGAGAACGACGCCUUCAGUCUGUAUGAGAAGAGCGAGGAAGCUCCUGCUCCUCUUCCUCCUGCCGCUGCUCUCACCGCCGCCGCCGUCUGCCUCUUCGGAGCGCUCUACCCCCACGUCAUCUCAGCCCAGAGGGUGAAGAUACUGGAGCAGUUCGUAGAAACAGUCAACCAGCUGAAGGGUCAACGGCAGCAAGCGGUCCAGACUCACCUCUGUGCUGCCCUCUGCAGUCUGCUCAAGCACCAGGCUGGUGCUCGGGGGCCCUUCGGGCCGGAGGAGGUGCGCUCCCCAGCCCUGUCCCUCCUGGUGGGGGCCCUGGAGGGCGUCAGUCCUCUGCUGAGGUGCCUGGCUGCUGAAGGUCUGGCCCGGCUGGUCCAGGUGGUCGGGGACCCGGUCUUCACGGUGUCCGUGUCCCUGCUCUGCUUCGACAGGCUGAAGACGGCCCGCGAUGCGGCGUCCCGCAGUGGCUUCUCUCUGGCUCUGGGGGCGCUGCACCGCUACACCGGAGGAAUCGGCUCACCUCAACACCUGUCCACCUGCCUGGGGGUCCUGUUCACCCUGAGUCAGGACAGCACCUCGCCUGAGGUCCAGACCUGGUCCCUCCACAGCCUGGCCCUGGUGGUGGACCUGUCUGGGGGGCUGUACAGGGCCCACGCCGAGCCCUCCUUCACCCUGGUGCUCCGCCUGCUGCUGGCGGCUCCGCCCACCCACCCCGAGGUGCACCGCAGCCUGGGCCGCUGCCUCCACGCCCUCAUCACCUGCCUGGGCCCCGACCUGCAAGGUGAAGGUGCGGCGGUAUCCGCUCUGCGCUCCACCUGUCUGGUGGCGUGUGAGGUGAUGCAGGAUGCUCCGGACUCCGUGGUUCAGGCCAGAGCCAUUUCCUGUCUGCAGCAGCUUCACAUGUUCUCACCUCCACACGUCCACCUGGCCAGCCUCGUACCUGCCCUGUGUGCCCACCUGUGCAGCUCCUCCCUGUGCCUCCGCCGGGCUGUGGGGGCGUGUCUGCGUCAGCUGGCCCAGCUGGAGGCCGUGGAGGUGUGUGUUCACGCUGUGACGCUGAAGGAGUCGCCCAGAAGAGAGCUCUCACCGCUGGACGUCACCAUGAAGGAGGUGGGUCUGGAGGGAGCCCUGUUCACUCUGCUGGACCGGGAGUCCGAUCCAGGUCUGAGGAGGGACCUCCAGGAGACCCUGGUCCACAUGAUGGCGUCCAGCGCCACCAGCGGCAAACUGGGUUACUGGCUGAAGCUGUGCAAGGACGUCCUGUCUGCCACCGCCGACUGCCGGGCGCCGCCCGAGGCGAGGAAGGAGGAUGAGGAGGCGGACUCCGCCAGAGACGACGACUCCUCCGCCUUCCGGGCGCGGCCGGAGCCCGGCGGCCCGUUCACGGCGCUCCGCUGGGCCACGCGGCGCUUCGCCGUGGAGUGCGUGUGCCGCAUCAUCGCCCAGUGCGAGACCGCCGACCCGGCGCACUUUGACACGGCGCUAGCUCAGGAGCGCCGCCUGCACGAGUCCACCGACUUCCUGGUGCUCCACCUCGGGGACCUGGUCCGCAUGGCGUUCAUGGCGGCGACGGACCACAGCGAGCAGCUGCGGCUGGCGGGCCUCCAGACGCUGCUGCUCAUCAUCAGGCGCUUCUCGGACAUCCCCGAACCCGAGUUCCCAGGUCACGUGAUCCUGGAGCAGUACCAGGCGAACGUGGGAGCUGCCCUCAGACCGGCCUUCAGCGCCGACGCUCCUCCGGACGUCACCGCCAAGGCCUGCCAGGUGUGCAGCGCCUGGAUCGCCAGCGGCGUGGUCAGCGACCUGCGUGACCUGCGGCGGGUCCAUCAGCUCCUGGCCUCCUCAUUGGCCAAAGUCCAGAUGGGGGGCAGGUCGAGUCAGCUGUACAACGAGGCCGCCGCUACCAUGGAGACGCUCGCUGUGCUGAAGGCCUGGGCUGAGGUUUACGUCGUAGCCGUUCAUAGGAGCGGACAGAGGCAGCGUCCUGAUUGUACGGCCGACCUGUCGGUCUCCUCGCCUCCGGCCAAUCACAGCCCAGGCUGUGAGUCUGGGGGGGCGGGCCUUCUGAAGCUGGUCCAGUCCGAUCUGUCCACGCUCAGCCAGCUGUGGCUGUCGGUGCUGCAGGACUACGGCCUGCUGAGCCUCCCGCAGGAGUACGCCUCACAGCUACCGGAGACAGGAGGUUCUUUCUACACAGCGGAGACCGUGAACCAGGCCAGAGCUCAUUACUCCUCCUCCUGGGCUCCGAUCCUCCACGCCACCUCCCUCUGGCUCCACAGCACCGGUUUCGUGAUUUCAGACGACACACCUGCCUACCUGUCCCGUCCGGCCACGCCCACCUCCAUGGGAAACAUGGGGGGCGGAGCCAAGAGUCCGGAGGACGUCAACGCCGACAGACUGCACCUCAUUCUGGGGAUCAGUGUGCAGUUCCUGUGUUCUCCACACUCGGACGACCAGAUGGAGAACAUCACUUCCUGUCUGCGAGCUCUGCAGGCGCUGCUGGACGUCCCCUGGACCCGAGCCAGGAUCGGGACCGACCAGGCUCUGGGGGUGGAGCUCCUCCUGGUCCUCCACCGCCUCAUGGUCACCAGAGAGUCUCCUGGUGUUCAGCUCUCUGUGUUUCAUCUGCUGAGACAAAUUGUGAUGUCAUCACAGGAGCUCGUGAGGGAGAGACGCCACAGUGCAGAGGUGGACGACGGGGCGUCGGAGAAGGAGGUGCAGCCGGAGUUCGGGGAGGGCCGGGACACCGGGGGGUUGAUUCCUGGACGCUCGCUGGUGGUCGGAGCUCUAGAGAUGAGCCUCUGUGUUCUGGUCCGGAAGAUUCCACAGAUCAGCCCCAAGCUGGCUGGAACCAGUCCUACUGGUCCAGGAGGUUCUGUGUGGACUCUGACUGACAGUGACAGUCAGCUGGUGGCGGCCGCUCUGUGUAUUCUGUCUGAGCUGCCUUCCCUCUGCUCCCCAGAAGGUAGUGUGUCCGUCCUCCCCACCAUCCUCUACCUGCUGAUGGGAGUGUUCAGAGAGAUGGUGCUGCAACCCAACACACACACUGCGGCGGGCUCCGUGGUGGUCCAGGCGGCUCUUCAGGCUCUGAAGUCUGUGUUGACGUCUCCGAUGAGCCGGCAGGAGAAGAGCCGAGGAGCCUGGACCCGGAUGCUGAGGGGGGCUCUGAGCUCCCUGCUGGGCCUGUGGGACCACGACUUGGGGGGGUGCCCCAGCAGCCUCCUCACCGCUCUGACUGUCUUCCUGCUGUCGGCCGGCCUCGACGUCUGCACCGCAGAGCCUCUGCACGCGCUCAGUCUGCAGCGCUUCAGGGCCAGCAUGGACGCCAAGGACCCGCUGGUGGUGAGUCGAUGUCUUCAGCUGAUGACAUCACUCUUCCAGGCUCCGCCCCCCGUGGCCGUGCCGUACAUCCGGGCUCUCGGACCGCCACUGGUCCAGUUCCUGCAGAAGGUGGAGCGGAGUCGUCCUCAGAGUCCAGAGGAGCUGGUGGGGGUCCUGGAGGGGGUCCAGGCCAUGGAGGCUCUGGUCCAGGCUGCAGACCCAUCCCAGCGUCCUCGGCUGGUGGCCGUCUUGCUGCCGCUCCUCAUCUCCUUCCUGCUGGAUGAGAACGCUCUAGGCUCCGCCCCCUCGGCGUCCCGGUCGCUCCACGAGGCGGCGCUCAGAGACCUGAUGCGUCUCGGGCCGCAGCACUCUGCUGUGUUCAGGUCGCUGGUUUCCUCGUCUCCGGCUCUGAAGGCUCGCCUGGAAGCUGCCGUCAGGGGGAACCAGGAGAGUCUGACCCCUAAAGCCAGGUCUUCCCCCUCCAAGUCCUCCCCCAGCAUCACGCUCAAGACCCACUUCCUGUGAGGCCGGUGGUGACUCCGCCCACAUCUCCUGCACGCCGUGGGUGACCCAAUCACACGCCACGCUGCUAUUGAUGCUCUUAUGUAUAUAUAUAUUAUAUAUAUAUUAUAUUUAUAUAUAUUAUAUAUACAGGAAUAGUUAGGAACGGCCUCUAGGGGCAGCACGGUGGCGUCUAUCAUUUGUGUCACCAUAACACUCCACCAAUCACAGCAGAGCAUCUCUCCCCAUGACCCCGCCCACCUGCCUCCUCCAGUUCAAUGAAACAAACACUGCUGUUUGGUCAGUUCUGACAAUGACAGGGAGGCUUUUAUUUUUAAGGAAUUAUUGUCUCUAUAACCGUUUAAGUGAACUGCGUAUUUGAUGAGUCACAUGGUGGCCUGUAAGGGACAAUUCAGCCUCCAGCACUUACCCCCACCCAGCAGGCUGUGAUGUGUCAUCUGUUGUAUCAGUGGGAAGCAGGAUGUGAGUUAAAGGAUUUCACAAUAAAACACUAACGAUUUACAUGCAACAAGUUCAUAAACGAGCUCACCUGGCCGACUACGACAGGUGGAACCUGAAGGCAUCACCCUGUGGUUUUUUAACGCCAGCCCAGAAUAGAAUAACUCAUGUUUUCUUGAUUGUGGAUGAUGGUGAUGGUGAGGAUGUGGACACUGCCCUCUCCUGCUAAUGUGAGGUCCUGACACGUCAACAUGUGUUUCAUGGAGACAGGACUGUGCUGUCAUGUCUCUGCAGGCCACCAGGGAGCAAACAUGGUUUUAUUGAGGUACAUUUUCACUUUGCUUUUUAACAAUAUAUAACUAACUAUAUAUAUAUAUAUAUACAUACAUAUAUGUAGAUAUAGGUAUGUGUAUAUGUAUAUAUAUAUACAUAUAUGUGUGUAUUUUUUGUUUGUGUAUUUUAUUCAGUCAAUCAAAUCAAAUACAAUAUUAUCCUAUAUAAUAUACAAAAGAGAAAGACUGAAAAGGUAUAGGUAGAAGCAAAAAAUGCUUAUAAAUUCCUAUCCUAAAUUGAAAUCAAAAUAAAUCAGAAAAUUAAUAUAAAAUAAAGAAAACAACAAUAAACAAAAUAUAUUUAUAUAUACUACCACAUACAUCUUCCAUAUUAAUACGUUUUUAAUUACAUUUAGAACUCAAGAAUUGUUUUAUAAAUAAUUCCCUUGAAAACCAAAAAGGAGUUCACCAUUCUUACAUCCAUUUCAACAUUUUCCAUAAUUGGACUCCUACAACAGAAAUACAUCUUCUUUUAAUCCCUUUUUUUAGCCUUUUGUACCGUGAACUUACAAACAUCUCUCAAAUCAUAUUUACACUUGUGUAUUGAAAAUAAACUUUGUACAGUCUGGCAGUGACUUUGCUUUAGCUCUGUACAUUGUCUGCAUUAUUUUAUAAUAAACCAAAUCAUUAAAUUUCAUAACACGUGAUCUGUAAAAUAAAGAGUUUGUGUGCUCAUAGUAGCCGACAUUAUU